GAAGUAUCUUUAAAGAUGGCUUUCUCAAAACAAUCUUGGCUUGCUUGCGGUCUUAAGUACCGAGUGGUUUGCUAGCAUGCUAAAUAUACGUUAAAUGCAAUCUGGAGUAUUUUAUUGAAUUCAACAACGACUCAGACUGCCAAAAAAGUGAACUGUACAUAUGGCGUUGGUGCCCUCGUGCUGUGAAUUUGGGAGAUGGCAAGACUUUCUUUGAAACGACUUUUUGUUUUCUGUCUCUGCCUUUCAGCAUCCUUUUUCCUUAUCAUUACUAUCCAGGUGAUGGUGGAGCUGGGGCAGUUUGAGGGCAAAGUGCAAAGACACAAACGUCCUCUGAAGGACGGGCUAGAGUCCCAGGACCACAGCCCUCUGACACGCAGGAGGAGCCCUGUGGGGCCGGGCGUUUGGUACCCCUUCAUCGUGUGGUGGUCUCCCCUGACAGGGGAAAUGGGGCGACUGGGAGAGUGUGGGAAGAACAAGUGCUUUUUCACCAUUAACAAGACUUACCACAACCACCCCUCUACACAGGCCUUCCUGUUUUAUGGCACUGACUUCAACAUAGAAAGCCUUCCCCUGCCCAGGAAGGCUGGUCACCACUGGGCCCUGUUCCACGAGGAGUCCCCCAAAAACAACUACAAGCUCUUUCACUCGCCCGUCAUCACCCUCUUCAACCACACAGCCACCUUCAGCCGUCUCUCUCACCUGCCCCUCACCACCCAGUACCUGGAGAGCUUGGAGCUGCUCACCUCCCGGGCUCACCUUGUCCCCCUGUCCCAAAAGAACCGGCUGAGGAGUACCCUGGCCCCCGUGGUGUACGUGCAGUCGGACUGCGACCCCCCCUCGGACCGGGACGCCUACAUUCGGGAGCUGAUGAGGCACAUCCGGGUGGACUCGUACGGGGCGUGCCUGCACAACAGGGACCUGCCGGCCCCCCUGCGGGACUCCGCCGCCAUGGACGAGCCGGGCUUCCUGGGUAUCCUGGCGCAGUACAAGUUCAUCCUGGCCUUCGAGAACGCCGUCUGCGACGACUACAUCACCGAGAAGCUGUGGAGGCCCCUGAAGCUCGGGGUGGUGCCCGUGUACUACGGCGCCCCCAACGUCCGCGCCUGGCUGCCUAGCAACAGGAGCGCCGUCGUGGUGGACCCCGACGAGCCGCCGGAGAGGCUGGCGCGGUACCUGAGGAGGCUGGACGAGAACGACGGGGAGUACGAGGCGUACCUGCAGUGGAAGCUCCGGGGCCGAGUGUCCAACCCUGGCCUGCUGACCGAGAUGAGGAACCGCAAGUGGGGCGUCCAGGACCUGGCGCAGGAAAACUACAUCGACGUUUUUGAGUGCAUGGUGUGCGACCGCGUUUGGGAGAACCUCCAGAGACAGAAAGAGGGCCUCGCUCCCAAAACCUGGCGGGCCGAAGCCAGCCACCUGAGCUGCCCGCCCCCGCGGACGUUCGGGUUCCCCGGCGGCCCCACGGGCGAGGCCUCCCAGAGGGGCAUUUGGGGGCUGAGCUACGAGCAGUCUAAGCUGGAGGCGCGAGCCCUGCGCCUGCUGGCCGAGAGGAACAGAAACUUCACCGUGGGGCAGUUCUGGAAGCAGGUGUUCGCUGACUGAGAGGCGACUGUCAGAAACACACCGAGGGGUGUGAGGCCUUAUCACAGGGCUUUCGCAGGCUUGGGCUUCAUGUACGGAAGGCUUUGGAUGGAGCUGGAAGUUCAGGUCUCUGACGUUACUCUUUGUGAUCUAUUCCAGACCUGAAGGCCUAUUCCAUCUCUGUGUAUUUGCUUUGCAAACAGCCUUAUACAGGGUCACUUACAUCGUCCGUCUUUCAUUUAUUAUUUAUCAUUAGUUUAUACAAGCAGAAUAUUUUGCUGAAGCAAGUAAGGUACUAAGUACUUUGUUUUCUUUUUAAUCCCAAAUUUUCUCAAUUUACUCCCAGUUGUAUUUGUUAGCCUGUCCGAUCACUGCAGUUUCCUGCAACAAUUCAGAAUAAUGCUGACGGGUUCGCUUUCUGCUCCAAAGCCUGUGGUGCCAGCCACCCCUUUGCUGUACUGUGCCAAAGGACUACACUUCCCAUAAUGUAGCUGGAACAGGCAGACUGCAGGCGCCCGAUCGACCAGAGGAGUCGCUGGUGCAGAAUGAGAAGACGUCAAUCAUGAUAUAUGAGAUGGUAUGGUGUAUUGUGCAUUGUUGUGCUCAACUGCUGGCCACAGUGACAUGGACAUAGUCAGAAAUCUAUAUCCGGAUGGGCUUGGGGCACAUCCACAUGCUGUACCUUAUCUGGAUGAGCUACCCUGUAGCCCAGAUUAAGUGCUGUGCUGGAGGGUAGAGUAACAGACAUUCUGGUUGCAAGUCCGAUUACUCCUGAGUGUCUCAUCAACCAGAGUAUUGAUGGGCUUAUUUAGGAGAACUUUACAAGAUACAGCAAAACGUUCUGCUUCCAUCUCCAAGCUGUAUAUGCAAGACUUGUUAUUGGAUCUGCAGAGGCAAGAAGUGUCCUGUCCAGUGCCAAAUACAUAUGCCAAAUACAUAUGAAGUCAUAUGCAUCGUAUAGUAGCAAUAUUCUUUUUUGCUUGACGUUAAAAGUAAAAUGUUUGUAUGACUUUUUUAUGCUUCGCUUUUCUUACGUAAGCAAUGAGAUUGCAGUUUGGCAAAGACUUACCAUUUAGGCUAAUGGUGUGCAUUUUGAUAGGCAUCUUUUGUACAGAGUGUUCCGUUUUAUGGUUACAUCAGUGUCAUUGUGGUGAACUAAAAGGCUAAAUGACAGCUAAAUUGUACUAAAAAGCUCUGAAAGGCACCAGGGUCGGCGAAAGAGCAUGCCGACGGCAAUUUGUGCCGCAGCCUACCAAACUUCCUGUUUUCUUUCUGACUGCAACCUCUGCUGUUUUAUUAAUUUGAAGCAAAUUAAAGUUAAAAGAUGUUUUGA